UUACAGUAAAAAAACAACCUUUAGCUAUUUUCUCAUUUUUGCGUCAACGUUCUCCUGAAACUUUCAAGUUUGAAGAUCGACGUUCAUAACCUGAUCUUCUGAAGGAACCGCGACUCAAAAUCACCUUGAAAUAGGUGAUGAAAUCACAAAUAUUGGCAGCCAGUUCAAACUCAUCACGGUUUACUCGAAGCCGUUGGCAACAGAAGAAGAAAUCAGAAAUAACGCAUACGGGACACAGUUGUGGGAUCGUUGAAUUAUCAUUUUGAUAGGUUGCUCGUAUAGCGUGAUUUUAGUUGUGUCCUCUGACAAUUUUGAAUUCAUUUCUGUUUUCAGUUUUCAUCAUCCUUUGUCAUACCGGAGAGAGUAGGAGAGGAAGUCUUUCGCUUUUUUGCUGAACACGCACGACAGCAGACCGGAAGUCUUAAGUUUUCUCGCUAGACACACGACAGUGGCGCUCAGAGAUCACGCAUCGUCGCUGCCAUCGUUAUCGCCAACAUGUCUUUGCUUAAGAUGCCGCUUGGAGAACUAAAUCCUCACUUGAUGUGUGUAUUGUGUUCUGGGUACCUUGUAGACGCAACAACGAUUAUCGAGUGCCUGCAUUCUUUUUGUCGUAGCUGUAUCGUUAAAUAUCUCCAGACAUCGUAUCACUGUCCUGUCUGUGAUGUUGAGGUCCACAAAACCAAACCACUGCUUCAUAUAAGACCCGACCGACCGCUCCAGGAAAUUGUGAACAAGCUUGUUCCAGGAUUAGUAUAUGACGAAUUCAAUCGCCGUACAAAAUUCGAAGACAAAAUAGAAGAGGAAAAUUCUACAAACGAAGGUGAAACUGGGGCAGCGACAACUGAUUGUGAAACGAAAUCAAAGAACAACGCAGAGGUGAAGAUGGAAGAUCCUAUGUUUAUCACUUUGGAAUAUUACAGGCGUCAAAAAAUCUGGAAUGAACGUCAGAUCUUUCCGACUCGUUAUCUCAGAUGUCCGUCUGCAGUGACUGUCAACGUAUUGAAAAAAUUCCUUGCAAUGAAGUUUGCCAUCCCUAACACACAUCGGGCUGAACUUGUUCGUUCAGACGAGCUUCUUGACGACUCAUUGACGAUGAAGGAAGUUUCGCAAAUAUAUGGACUCUACUCGAAAUCUUUCCUAGAUCUCCAGUACUCUUUCUUGGACGUUUGUAAGGAGGAUACCGAAACAAAGGUGAAAGAACCGCCAAGGAAAAAACUUAGAACAUGCAACGAAGAUGGAGAUGAAACAAAAGCAAGCGAACAUUUUGUUGGGGCACAAACCAAACAGUUGAUUGUGGAUGAAAAGGGAAAGGAUCCCCAACAGCCUUGUACAAGGCUUGAAAAGGAUAGUCCCGUACAACAUUUUCCGGAGGGUGUCAUUUUACCAACAUUUCCUGAGACUCCUCCAAGUUUUGAAGUUGAUCCCGAGGAAGAAGAAACGCCCGUACCAGUCUAGAACUUGCGAACUCAGUUGCCCGUUGUUUGCCUGUGUACGCUCAUGUGAACGCAUUGAGACCGUGAAAUAAUUUUUCGUUCGACGAUCGAAAUCAUUCCCCCUACAUUCCCUCAAGAAAGCUAAGUUCAAAGGGAGUCAAAUCUGUGUGGGGUCUCCAAAUCGGCUGGGUAAAAAUAUCGUGUUUCCAAUAACAGAGGUUUCCAAAGGAAUCUCUAAGUUUGGUUGAAAGGUAUCCUUGAAAAGUACAGAGAACUGAUCUCUCUCCUGUUUUACGCAACAAUUGAUACGCUGCUUUUAGUGUUAAAAGACAAGUAGGUGAAAAAGAUUGUUCUUUAACGUUUCGAGCGUUAGCCCUUCGCCAGAGCGAAUGACGAAGGCGUAACGCUCGAAACGUCAGGCCAAUUUUCGUUAUCAACUCAGUUGAUG